AUGAGCUACAACAACGAUAUCCACUCGCCGAACGAGAUGGUGGUGGACACUGACGAGUGCGUCGGCGGCACCGACUCAGAGAAGGAGCCUAUUGCCAUCAUCGACCCUGACAACAUCGACAAUGGGGCCGAACAGCUGCAGGACCUGCCUCUGGCAAAUGACUUCGAUGCUAUGAAGGAUGUCAUUUUCCCACACCUCCACGAAGAGCCCGAAGUGCUCGAAGAUGUAGUCAACACAUGGACUGUCGAAGCAUGGCGAUCAAUGUCAAAGAAGGAACAUGGUCCUGUAUUCCAGGCUGGCGGCUUUCCUUGGCGCAUUCUUCUCUUUCCUCACGGCAACAACGUUGACCAGUGUUCCAUUUAUCUUGAGCAUGGAUUUGAGCCGACAAACAUUCCCGAGAAUUGGAGCUGCUGCGUGCAGUUCGCGCUUGUGUUAUGGAACCCGAACGACCCGACUCUUUAUACCCACCACACGGCGCACCAUAGAUUCACAAAGGAGGAGUCAGACUGGGGCUUCACUCGUUUCCUCGAGCUGCGAAAGAUGUUCAACGUGCCCUGGGAGGGCGGCAGUCGACCACUUUGCGAGAACGAGACUGCCAACAUCACAGCCUAUCUCCGCCUUGUCAAAGACGAAACUGGUGUCCUUUGGCACAACUUCAACAACUACGAUUCCAAGAAGGAAACAGGCUACGUUGGCCUCCGCAACCAAGGCGCCACUUGUUAUCUAAACUCUCUUCUUCAGUCUUUGUACUUUACCAACGCUUUCCGAAAGGCCAUCUACGAAAUUCCAACAGACCACGAAGAGAGCAUGGGCAACAGCGCAUACACUCUGCAGCGUCUCUUUUACCAACUACAGACAUCUGAGCAGGCUGUCGGAACGAACGAGCUGACCAAGUCCUUUGGCUGGGAAACAAGACACAUUUUUGAGCAGCAGGAUGUUCAGGAGUUGUCGCGAAAGCUAAUGGAGCGUAUGGAAGAGAAGAUGAAGGGUACUCCGGCCGAGCACGUUCUCCCGCAAAUGUUCAGUGGUAAGAUCAAGACGUACAUCUCCUGCGUCAACGUCGACUACGAGUCCAGCCGGGUCGAGGACUUCUGGGACAUCCAGCUCAAUGUCAGCGGCAACAAGAACCUUUUGGACAGUUUCAAGGACUACGUCCAGGUUGAGAAGAUGGACGGCGAGAACCAGUACUACGCCGGCGACGAGUUCAAGCUGCAGGAUGCCAACAAGGGUGUCAUUUUCCAGAGCUUCCCCAACGUCCUGCACUUGCAGCUGAAGCGAUUCGAAUACGACAUUCAACGAGACACCAUGAUGAAGAUCAACGAUCGAUACGAAUUCCCCGAAACCUUCGACGCAGCGCCGUACCUCUCUGAGGAUGCUGACAAAUCAGAGUCGUGGACGUAUCAGCUUCAUGGCGUCCUCGUUCACAGCGGUGACCUGAACGCCGGCCACUACUAUGCAUUCCUCAAGCCUGAAAAGGAUGGAUGGUUCUACAAGUACGACGAUGAUAAGGUCACAAGAGCCACGAUGCGUGAGGUGCUUGAGGAGAACUUUGGCGGAGAAUACAAAACACAUCCCGCCAACCACUUGCGAGCACCUCUCCAGAAGAAGGCCCCGGUCGUACGCCAGAACAGCGCAUACAUGUUGGUUUACAUUCGCCAGUCGCGCCUGGAUAACAUUCUUUGCCCGGUUUCUAAGGAGGAUAUCCCUCUCCAUCUGCGCUCAAAGUUCGACGAAGAGACUGCUCUCAGAGAGGCGAAGCGUAAGGAGAAGGAGGAGCAGCACCUCUAUAUCGGCGUCAAGGUCAUCACCGAGAAGACCUUCAAGAAUCACGGAGGCACCGACUUGACAUCGUUCGAUGCGGACCAGGCCGAUGGCGAUGCGGCGCCACGCUCGUAUCGCGUACUGAGAGCUUCGACAAUGGAGGAUCUGGUGGGUACUAUCGCGGCAGACCUCGAGCAAGACCCUCGCAAGGUUCGCCUCUGGGUCAUGGUUAAUCGCCAGAACAAGACAAUCCGUCCUGAUCAGCCCAUUAUGGAUCUGCGACCUACGGUUGAGGAGGCCUUCCAAAGGGCGGCUGCACACCGAGAUCAGUUCUUGAGAGUCUGGGCUGAAGUGGCAGAAGAGACAACACCAGAGGGCGAGGCAGUGUGGCCCACGUAUCAAGGCCAGCUUAAUGGGGUUGUCGUUAAGAAUGACCUCAUCCUGAUCUUCCUCAAGCACUUCGACGUGGAGGCUCAAUCUCUCUAUGGCAUCGGCCACGUCUACAUCAGCAAGGAGAAGAAGGUAGAGGAACUGGUCCCAAUCAUCAUGAAAAAGAUGGGAUGGGGCGAGAAGCUGCCAGGUGACGAGAAGAUUUCCCUUUGGGAGGAAAUCAAACCGACCAUGAUCGAAGCUCUGAAGGCCAAGCAAUCUCUUAAGGCUGCGGAAUUGCAGGAUGGCGACAUCAUUUGCUUCCAAAAGACCACGGAACGCAAGGGCGACAGGAACAUCCUUGAAAAGCGUCUGGGUCUGGGCGACAAGCAGGCAGCGGAAGAGCCUGCCAAGAAGGCCGACCGCUUCGACGACGCACGGGAGUACUACGACUUCCUUCACAACAAGAAGACUGUCAAGUUCCACGCGCACCCGACACGUUGCAAUGCCGAGAGAUUCCCUCCCUUUGAGUUGGUCCUGAAUUCCAAGAUCAGCUACGACAUUCUUGCAGACCGCGUCGGCGAGAAGCUCGAAGUCGACCCUACACACAUCCGCUUCUGGACCGUCAACUCAGCCACAGGUAACCCCAAGACGACUGUCAAGCGUGGCGUCAACCAGAGUCUGCAGCUCAUCUUGAAUCCCUCCGGAUACAAUCAACUCAGUUCAAGUCAACGAACCGAUGCGUUCUACUUUGAGGUAUUAGACAUGAGCUUGGCUGAGCUGGACACCAAGAAGAGCAUCAAGAUCACUUGGCUGAGUGAGGGCAUCACGAAGGAAUUCGAUCUCCUCGUGGCCAAAAACGGUCACAUUGAGGACCUGAUUCAAGUCUUGAUCCAGAAGGCCAGCAUUCCUGACGAGACCGAAGGAGGUCGUAUUCGCGUGUACGAGACCAGCAGCCACAAGUUUUACCGCGAACUCUCGCGCGAUUACCCCGUCAUUAGUAUGAACGAUUACACCAACGUUUUCGCCGAACGCGUACCCGAGGAAGAGAUCAACGACGAAGAGGCGACCAACUUCAUUCAAGUGUUCCAUUUCCAGAAUGAGCCUAGCAGGGUCCACGGUGUUCCUUUCAAGUUCAUGCUCGUCGAGGGUGAGCAAUUCGUGGAUACAAAGAAGCGCCUGGAGAAGCGGACUGGUAUCAAGGGCAAGAGUUUCGAGAAGAUCAAGUUCGCGGUGGUGAAGAGAUCUCAUUUCUCAAAGCCACAAUACCUUAACGAUGAUGACGAGUUGUGGAAGAUUGCGACGAAUGACGAUGAUUACCUCGGUCUCGACCACGUUGACCGAACACGAACGCUUAGAAACGGCGUUGGCGACCUCUUUUUGCGGUAA